AUGGCUAGUAGUGUUGACCGAGUGAAUGAGGUUUCUCCUCCGGAAUCGGUGCAGAAGGAAAAUAUGUCGAACAACUCUACAGAAGAUGUUGCAGAGCACGUCCAGGUAGGCAAAGAGGUUAUAUCAGGGACCAAUGCCAAUGGCGUAGCCCAAAAGAAGACAUUCGACGAGCCAGUUAUUGAGAUUUCGACUCCGGCAUCGGUGCAGAAGGAAAAUAUGUCCAGCAACUCCGUUGAAGAUGUUGCACAGCAUGUCCAAAUGGGCGCAGAUGCUAUACCAGAUACUAGUGCCAACAGCUCAGACCAAAAUAACGCGUUGGGCGAGAGUACGAAAGUCGAGCAGACAUCAGAGGAUGGCGACGAACGCUUUGUGAAGGGUCCUGUAGAAGCCACAGGAAAUUCGACUGCUCCCAGUCCACCCACGUCGCAGGAUAAUCUCAAGCGUCACACAAGGGCAUAUUCCAAUGUCUCUGGUAGUCCAUGGACGAUGAAAUCCGCAGUGCAUCUUGUGAAAACUACGCUAGAGGGUAUACUACAAGCAAAAUCCAUGCACAAACAUCCUAAUAAUGAAAAACUGGUUGAGAAAACUGUGAAAAACUUGACCGAGCAACUCCUGCAAUCUGAAAACGAUCCAAAGUUUUUGGAUUCUCUGUUGGUCUUUGAGGCACUACGUGCUUGCUGUAGAACUAAUGUUCCAGAAAUACAGGUUAGCGCUCUUGAUUGUCUAUCAAAGUUGUUUGCCUUUAAGGCGUUAGACGAGAAUGUUUUAGUCAACCCUCCAAAUUCCGCAGCAUCAAACGACCAGGGCACGACGUUGCCAGACUCUGGUGUUACACCACCUCCAAGAAUGCGGCUGAUAGAUGCUGCCGUUGAUACCAUAACCGACUGUUUUGAUGGAGAAGCGACUGAUGGGAAGGUCGAGUUGCAGGUAGUCCGCGCCCUCGCAAGCUGUAUAUUGACAGAUGAGCCUUAUUGCAAUUGUCACGGUGCAUCACUAUUAAAGGCCGUCAGACAAAUCUAUAAUAUUUUCAUCCUGUCACUAAGCUCGUCCAACCAGGGAAUUGCACAAGCAACGCUAACGCAGAUUGUAAAUGCUACUUUUGAGAAGAUCAAUGUUGUGUCAUUGUAUCCACCAUCUUUUUCUCAGAAUAGUCUGAGGAAAGAGCCAUUAGAACAUUAUUCGCCGACAUCAGUCGAGGACCAACCGCCUCUAACCCUUCAAAACUUAGAAAGCUUCAAUGAGGAACACGAAGGACAGUUAGAUAGUAUGGAUACAGAGCAUGAUGCUUCCACUACUGACGAGCAAAGUUUGAUAGUCAAGGAUGCUUUUUUGGUUUUCCGGGUGAUGUCCAAACUCUCUGUUAAACCACUGGAUGACAACUUAGAUAUGAGGUCAUACGCUGUGCGCUCGAAAUUACUUGCACUUCAUAUCAUCCAUUCUAUAAUGCGGGACCAUAUAGACGUGUUUUUGUCGCAUAAUGUUUUGCUUCCCGGAAAGCAGAACACCACCCUUCUGAAUGGUGUCAAACAAUACUUAUGUCUUGCACUAGCAAGAAAUGCAGCAUCGCCCAUAGCUCCUGUAUUUGAAAUUACUUUUGAAAUAAUGUGGUUGCUGGUUUCUAACUUGAGAUCUGAAUUUAAACGUGAGAUACCCGUUUUUCUGACAGAGAUAUAUUUCCCUAUAUCUCACAUGAAAUCUUCUACUCCACAUCAGAAGAGGUAUUUUUUGAGUGUUAUCCAACGACUAUGCAAUGACCCGAGAACCUUAAUUGAAUUCUACCUAAAUUAUGACUGCGACAGUAGUAUGCCUAAUAUUGUCGAGACUGUUGUGGAUUAUUUGACGCGACUGGCGCUAACACGUGUCGAUAUCACCGCAUCACAGCGUGCGUACUAUGAUGAACAAGUGAACAAACCCCUUGCAACGUAUAACCUAUCGCAGUUGCCUUUAUUAUCCAUAUCUAAUGUUAGCAGUAUGUCUGUUGCUCCACAGCAACUCCAAUUCCCGGUGGAAUUUGCGCUUAAAAUGACCUCGUUGAAAUGUAUGUUGGCCGUGCUAAGAUCACUAAAUUCUUGGGCCGACAAGGCGACGGCUCCAAAUGGCACAUUAAACCACAAUAGGGCAUCUGUUGGCUCCAGUACGAUUGAAAGGAAGCACUCUUCGGCUUUUAGCUCUUUCAGUCACACUAUGAACACAACACCUGUAGGAGACCAGAAUAGUGUCCAACAAUCGGAAGCGAGUGAGGAUAUUGAUGAUCCCACACAGUUUGAAAAUUUGAAGUUAAGGAAAACAGAACUGCAAAAAUGUAUUCGGUUAUUCAACUUCAAACCACAUAAGGGAAUACAAGAUCUUUUGAAACUUGGCUUUAUUAAAGAUACAACGCCGAACGCUAUUGCUAAAUGGUUACUUUAUACACCGGGAUUAGAUCUCGCAGCGGUAGGUGACUACCUAGGCGAGGGCUCAGAGGAAAAUAUUGCAAUAAUGCACGCUUUCGUUGAUGAGUUAGACUUCAGUAAUCUUUCGUUAGUUGAUGCGUUGCGUGUUUUUCUUCAGAGGUUUAGGUUACCGGGUGAAGGCCAGAAAAUCGAUCGCUUCAUGCUGAAAUUUGCCGAGCGCUAUGUUGACCAGAACCCCGAUAGGUUUGCGACUCUUACCGCAUACACUUUGUCUUAUUCCAUCAUUCUCCUGAAUACCGAUUUGCACUCUUCUCAAAUUAAAAACAAGAUGACGCUCGAUGAGUUCGUUGACAAUAAUAGAGGUAUAGACAAUGGUAAGGAUUUACCGAGAGAAUUACUUGCCCAGCUGUUUAAUGAAAUUGCGCAAAACGAAAUCAAAUUACAAUCGGAGCAGCAUCAAGCAAUGAUUGCAGGUGAUUUAAACCCCGUGCACCAACAAUCCGCCUUUGCAUUCUUCAGCGGCAAAGAUUUAGAAAGGGAAGCGUAUAUGCAGUUAUCGAAAGAGAUAUCUUCCAAAACAGAGUUAGUUUUCAAAAAUUGGGAGAAAGCCAAAUCUGGAGACAAAGUGUUUUAUGCUGCCUCUCACGUGGAGCAUGUAAGGUCCAUAUUUGAGACUUUAUGGAUGUCGUUUUUGGCGGCAUUAACUCCUCCUUUUAAGGAAUAUGAUGAUUUAGAGACCACCAUGAUGUGCCUAGAAGGGCUAAAAAUGUCAAUAAAGAUAUCCACGCGAUUUGGUAUUGACUAUGCAAGGGCUUCUUUUAUUGGUGCCCUAAUACAAUUUGCGAACUUGCAAAACAUUCAAGAAAUUCAGCCGAAGAAUGUAAACGCUAUUAUCGCAUUGCUGGAGGUUGCGUUGUCUGAGGGAAACUUCUUCAGGGAUUCAUGGAGGGACGUUCUUGUAAUCGCAUCGCAAGUGGAAAGAUUACAGCUGAUAUCGAAGGGUGUGGACGGUGAAUCAGUUCCAGACGUCGCGCAGGCUCGAUUGGCUAACCAUAGGAGUUCCUUUGACUCGACGAGAUCUAUGUCUAUGUCCUUUUUUGAGAGAUGGACCAAAAAAUCCAAUCCAAUCGAGAUUGCGCAGGAAAAGCAUCAUAAUCAGUCCUUGUCUCCUGAGAUAUAUGAUUAUAUCUCCUCCAGCAAACUGGUCGUUCUUAUUGAUCGUAUUUUUACCAACAGUUCAAAGUUGUCUGGUCAGGGUAUUAUGGACUUUAUUAAAGCUCUCAUUCAGGUUUCACGUGAAGAGAUAGAAUCUUCGCAGGACGCCGCUACUCCAAGGAUGUUUUCAUUGCAGAAAAUGGUAGAUGUUUGUUAUUACAAUAUGGAUCGUAUAAGAGUUGAGUGGACACCCAUUUGGGCUGUACUCGGAGAAGCGUUUAACUGGACUGCAACUAGUCCGAAUCUUGCAGUUGUAUUCUUUGCGAUUGAUUCUUUACGGCAACUUUCUAUCCGCUUCCUAGAUAUUGAGGAGCUUCCUGGUUUUGAAUUUCAACAUGAUUUCUUAAAACCCUUUCAGCACAUAAUACAGAAUACUACAAAUACAGAUGUCCAGGAAAUGUGUAUGGAAUGCUUCCGUAACUUCAUCUUGGUGAAAUCGACUACGUUGAAGUCCGGUUGGAAACCAAUUUUAGAGUCACUACAAUUCUGUGCCAGGUCUUCGAAAGAGAGCAUAGUGCUAAAAACUUACCAGCUCAUUACUGUGGAUGUAAUGAAAGAUCAUUUUGAAAGCGUCUUUGUACAAGAAGAUGCGUUUAUUGAAUUAGUUGGUGUUUUACGAGAGAUAACGAAAAACAGGAAAUAUCAGAAACUGUCUUUACACUCUUUAAAAUCACUGAAAAAGAUAUAUCAGAAGGUUGCUGAGCUUUGCUUUAAAAAGGAAAACCAACAUUUACUACACGGCAAAGAUAUUUUUGAAGAUAUAUGGUACCCCGUUCUGUAUUCCUUCAAUGAUGCUGUUAUGACUGCUGAUGAUUUGGAAGUGAGAUCGCGCGCCUUAAAUUUCAUGUUUGAUGCCUUGGUGGAAUAUGGAGGAGAAUUUGGCAUUAGUUUCUGGGAAAGUGUUUGCACAAGGCUUUUGUUCCCGAUAUUUGGGGUUCUGUCAAAACAUUGGGAAGUUAACCAAUUCAAUAGUCAUGAUGACCUCAGUGUGUGGCUAUCAACCACUUUGAUCCAGGCACUACGUAAUAUGGUCGCCCUGUUUACGCAUUACUUUGAUUCACUGAACGAAAUGUUGGAUGGCUUCCUGGUUUUGUUAGUCUCUUGCAUCUGUCAGGAAAAUGACACCAUUGCCAGGAUUGGUAGGUCUUGUCUGCAGCAAUUGAUUAUCCAGAACACCAACAAGUUCGGGACAACGCAUUGGGAGCAGGUUACCAACUCGUUUGCCCGGUUAUUUGAGCUUACCACUGCCACAGAACUUUUUGAGUCAGAUCCAUUGAAGCGUGGAAGAAAGCCAUCAGUAGCCACAAUCAACACCAACGGUACUGCUGAAACCCAAUCAUGUGCCAGUGAUGUUGAUCGGGAAGUCGAGCGUGCCCAACGCGAGGAGAAGGGCGAGGAUGUUGGCAACGCCAGUACUGAAGAGGAUAAGCCUAUGAGCCGACUCGUGCGCACGAAAAGCAGCGAGGAGAUUGGGCACCGUGUAAGUAUUAAGAAUACCAUCGUGGUAAAAUGUGUCCUGCAGCUGCUUAUGAUAGAGUCGCUUAGCGAGCUCUUUGCGGAUGAGAACUUCGCAAACGCAAUACCCUUCAAAAACGCCAUCCGGCUUACCAGUCUUCUAGAAUCCUCCUACUGGUUUGCUCGCGACUUUAAUGACGACUUUGAGUUGCGUAACCGCCUGGUGAACGCCCGCAUCGUGGACAAGAUUCCAAACCUCAUGAAGCAGGAAACUAGCAGUUCGGCAGUCUUGAUCGACAUCCUCUUCAAGAUAUACUUGAACGAUGAAACUCCGGAUUCUGAAACCAGUGCCGAUCUACUGGCUCGUUUGGUCGGCAUAUGUACCCAAAUUGUCGUGCGCUACGUUGCACUGGACGAGGCUACGAUGGAGCGGACGAUCGCCACCUGGCGCCCAGUAAUUGUGGAGAUCCUCCUCGGCUACCAUGAGCUAGACGAUGAUGACUUCAGAUCGCAAUCCCCGGCGAUGUAUAAACUCGUGCUACAGGUCCUGGAUAAGGCUUGCCCCCUAGAUCUGAGACAUGCCAUCAAGGUAUUCCUUUCCAGGGUGGGCGAUCUCUACCUGGUGUAG